CUGGCCAGAUAUUAAUCUCGUCGCCAGUGUCGCCACCUAUUCGAAACCUUUGUCGAACUGCAACUUUGCGAGAAAAAUUGCGCCAUAAAAAUUCUUGCAGCAUCAGUCUCGAACUGCACUGCAUACAGUGUCCCACGCCGUAAAUAAGGACCAAGUUGAAUCAGAACUCUACCACCGAACAACUUUCUGAACAGUCCCAAUAAUAUCGUUUUCCCAUUCGAACUAUUUGGAUUUGGACAUUUGAUUCGGUUGCCAUCCUUUCACGCUUAGCUCGAACCCCAGUCGAACUCUCGAGCAAGCUUACGGCUUAAUCGAAGCAUGGCCGACGAAAACGUUGUUGACCCGCCCGCCCUAUUCGGCAUGCGAACAAAUGCCAAGCGUAGACACACGAACCUUCUGCGACAAGCAAGAGAGUUAAUAAACAUCAACGCCACGCGAGAAGAAUUCGAAGCAUUCAUGCCAACUCUCGAACUGGCGCACAGUAAUCUCGUUCACAUUCACGAACGAUACGUGGCCGCCGCACAACUUGACGAUGGUGAACUGCACGCAGCAGCCGCCUACUUAGAAAGCAUCAACAAUCUGCAAGCCGCAUGUGCUCAAGCAGUCGCUGCCGCCUUACGAAGAACAGCCCCUCGACGCGCAUGGAACAUUUCCAACACCGUGGUCCGUGAGCUCAGUCAAAAUGUAUAAACUCCUCAACCUAAUCAAGAGAUCGACGCUGCGGGCAUCGUACCAGAGCCGCAACAGCCAAAUGGCACACCACAGCCGAACCAAGACGAUCGAUCGAACGACACGCAGCACGACACCUUAAAUCACGUAAAUUUCGACCUUCACACAGCAGCAAAACAACGCAAAAUCGAUCUUGAAUUUCGAUUGAAGCAAGCAAAAAUAAAACAGGAUCGUGAACUCAAAGAUCUAGAGCUCAAAAACGCGCGGGAACGAGAAGACCUGGAACUUGAAAUUCAGUACGAAAAUCACUUGAUCGAGAGCUGUGGUGGUGCAAUUGGAUCACCGCAAUUAUCGUCCACACCCAACUUACCAAGCAACGUCCCGAUGAAUGAUUUGGCUAACCUUCCGCUUCUGCCAGCUGUCGUUAACUCGACUCCACCGACGCAACCUAAUUUUGCCCCGUCGCAUCAUUGGCUGAAGCUAGACGUGGCAAAAUUCAAUAGAGACCCCCGUAAAUGGCUUAAAUACGCCCACGGUAUAAGAGCAACGAUCCGAGAUGUAAAUAUGCCCGAAUCGCUGAAACUUCUGGGGCUUCAAGAAAGUUUGAAGGAAGACAUCCAGCGUCGUGUCGCUCAUAUUUUCACGGGUGCGUACACUUUUCAAUCGGCUUGGGCCGAGCUAGAAAAAAAAUAUGGAAGCCCGCACCUUAUCAUACAAGCACACGAUCAGCAUAUGCAGCAGCUCCCUUCAUUCAGAAACGGGGACUUUAACGCACUCUUUAAUUUGGCCGCUGCAGUACGCGACGCCGUGUCAAGCGUAGAUGAAAGCCACGUCAUGAUGUUCAACACCGUCGCAAACUUACUUCAUACCAAAUUGCCGAUCAACUUACAAACAGACUGGGGAAAAUAUGCUUAUGGUUUAGACAGAAUGGCCACCUUAAAAGAUUUCGACAAAUGGAUCGAUCACGUGCUCAGCGCUGAAGAACUUCGUGGCGGAAAGCUAUCGUCAUCCAACGCAAUUAACGCUGUUAAAAACCCCGUUCAGCCUUCAAAUAGCAACCGUCAGUUGGGCAGCUACACACCCGGAAGCAGCAACUACAAUAACCGCGGACCGACCGUUCUCGCAGGAUCCUUAUCAAACGUUACCACCCUUUCUGACUGCCUGGCCUGCAAAGAAAGUCCGGCCCACAGGUUAGAGAUGUGCAACGUGUUUAAACGAAUGUUGGUGAAUGCCCGCGCAUCGCUGUGUGCUACCAACAAUCACUGCUUCAAGUGUCUCGUCCGCGGCCACUAUGGACGGAAAUGCAACUCAACCGAAUCGAAAUGCAAGGAGUGCCAGGGCCCGCAUCAUUCGCUGCUUCACGGAGCCGAACGACAGUUUCCCGCCUCAUCGCGGAACCAAGGUAAAAACCAUACUAUAUUAAUGGUAAAGGCACCAACAGCCAAUAUCCGCCCAGUCCUAUUAGCUAUUGUCAAACUCGUAGUGGAAAUUAACAAUUCGGCUCAAACAACCUUCGCGAUUCUUGACCAAGGCAGCGAAGCUACUCUCAUAUCGCGAAAGCUAGCGAAUUUGCUUAAGUUGAAAGGUCCUUCAGCCAGCAUUUGCUUCGGCUCGUUUAACAACUCUGUGUUAAUGGAUUCGAACAUCGUAUCAUUCAAACUCAAAUCGAUCGACGGAUCGCAAGCGUUCGACGUUCGCGAAGCGUUUGUUGUCCCCAGCAUUAAUCAUUCGCAACGCAAAAUUAACUGGCCUGGCAUCAAGAAACGAUGGGAACAUUUAGCCGACAUAGACUUACCUGCCAUAGACUCUUCCAAAGUAGAAAUUCUUGUGGGGAUGGACAUGUUACCAGCUCUUCGAACGCUAAACACUGCUGCCCCAAAUGAUGGUGAAACCGGCCCUACCGCUUUGCAAACGUGUUUUGGCUGGGCUGUAGUGGGCAAAAUACCGUUGUGUCUAGUCGCUGGACCGAGCAACAAAAGCAGCGUGAACUUAGGUUUCGUCCGACAAGAACCCUUUCUAUCAGAAGUAGUUGGCCGUUUCCAUUUAACUGAAACUUUCGGCGUCGUGGCAAAAGCCGCAAAAACAAAUACAGCGGCCAACGAAGACGAGCAGAUGUUGAGCAUCUUACAGCGAUCGAUAAAAUUUAUUGGAUGUGGUUACCAAGUAGAACUUCCGCUUCGUCAAGACAGACCGGUCAUACCAAACAACAGAGGACAAGCAGUUUCCCGUUUCUGUGGCCUCGAACGCCGAAUGUUAGAGCCACAUAUGCGCGAGACCGCCGCAAAAUACGUAACCAUUGUCGAGAAUCUUAUAUCGUCAGGAACCGUGGUCACCGUCAACUGGUCGGACAUAAACAAGCCGGAAGGUAUGGUUUGGUAUCUACCUCACUUCUGCGUCGUUAACCCGAACAAACCCGAAAAAUUCGAGUUGUCUUCGACUGCGCUGCGCUUUACAGAGGUGGCGCGGAAAUCCACUGGGGAUGACUCGGCUGAGUCUAACCUGCUUCGGCCAAAGGGUUGUCACCCAGACGAGGGCUGUGAGCUUCGUCCGUCGGAAUUUCCGACACUCUCCUCGUUAGACCAUGGUUUAACUGAGUUCGCGAAAGCUAACUGUCCUCGUAGGGUCCUGUGUUCCGGUGGUCGUCAUCGAUUUUGCCCGGAUGGAUUUGAUGGAGCUCUAACGGGUACAAACUCUUUGAGUCUUUCGUUAUCAUGA